AUGAGCGGUGCCAGGAUAUUUGGGAGGGAUCCAGCACCGUGUACGUACUCCACCUUUAUCCGGAGAGCGCAGCGGAAACGCGCCGCCUUGCAGGAAGAGCAGGCGCGCUGUCCAUGCACCCAACAACAUGGCGACGGCGGGGACCGCUCCGUGAAGGCGUUCGACCUGGAGGGCCGGGGCACGCUGGCCGUCCGAGAGGGCUUCUCCUUGCCCUGGGGCUUGGACGUCAUGCGGGAGAACGAGGUCGUGGUGACGGAUUCGGAGGCCGGGGCCCUGUACCGCUUGGCAGCCGACUUUGGGAAGGGAAAGCUGAGGAAGCUGCAGGUGAUCCAGUCCAAACUGAGCAGCCCCAGAGGGGUGGCUGUCGCGCAGGCCUCGGGUGCCAUUGCUGUCAUAGAGCACCUCAGAGCCAAAGGAGCCAACAACAGCAGCACCCGAGUGAAGAUAUUCAGUGCGGACAUGAAGCUCAUUGGCCAGAUGGAUAGCUUUGGGCUGAACCUCAUCUUCCCCUCCAAAAUAUACGCAACGGCUGUGGCCUUUGACAAAGAGGGUCAAGUUAUAGUAACAGAUGUAUAUAACCAGGCUGUAGUAUGUCUAGGGAAACCUGAGGAAUUUCCUGUUUUUAAGCCUAUAAUCAGCCAUGGACUUUCAUAUCCUGUAGGACUGACUUACAUGGCAAAUAAUUCCCUCGUUGUUCUAGAUGGUGGAGAUCAUUCAGUAAAAAUAUAUAGCUCUACCUGA